UCUGAUUGGCUAGCAAUGUAGGCAGAAUAGGUCAAAAGUCUGAAAUCACUCAUCAUUCAGAGGUUUGCUUAGGUCAGAACUAAAAGACAUUUGGGUUUAUGUUUUCUUUGGAGUGAAUGUGGCAUGUAGACAAUUUACAAACAACUACACACGCAGACCCAAUGUACAGCAAUGUGAACACACACAAAGAUUUGUCAUUUACCAGUUUUUAAAAAGUUACACUGUUGACCUGAUUUUCCUUACUCAUUCUGUGGCUAACUAUAUAUAGUUCCUCGCUGCAGCAAGGUGAGCAGUUUACCUGUAAAGGCAUAGAACUCUUCCUCUGUGGGCUCCCUGAAGUUGUUCUACCUGCCUUAACUUCCAGAUUGCAGUCAGUUGUAAACGGAUGUUGCCCAGGGUUUUUAGCAUAUUUCCCAGGGCACUAAGACAGACAGCAGUCAGACAUUCCCACAUUUUCUCCUGCUUGCUGUCCACAGCCUGCAGUGGGUGAAAAGCAACCUGUUGGGGACGCUGGGGGCUGCAGGGAUCCGAAGGCCGGCAUCCUCGGUCGGGUUUCCCUGUUUCUCCUUGAUAGGCAGUCAGACCGCGGAGGGCAGAGGAGGAGGUGAGGGAGAGACCCCGAUUGUUAGCAGGUGGUUGGGGAAUGUUUAAAUGAGAGGACCCCUGCAGCACAGCCAGUGCAGAGCAAAGGGGACCUGGGGACAAAGCAGAGGAGAUGUGGAAGCCCAGGGGGAGCGCGCCAGCCACUUCGGGGAGCACAGGAGGCCCUUGCUGUACAUGGACCACCUGGGGAAAUGUGGACGGUCCUCCAGAUAGCACAGCAACACGCACGAUCUAAAUGCACACAACCAGGCAAAAAUGAGCAAAUUUACCAAUUAAAAAAAAAGCUACAAAAGAAAGCAGCUAUGGAUAUUGUCCUAGACAGUUACUCCAAAUACCCGGCCCUUUCUGGGGAUUGUACCUAGAACCAUGGAUGGAGCUGUAUCCCCUCAUCUUUGGCGGGGAGAUGAUGGGGGGACGGCCUCCCUGAGUUACCCAGGUUGGGCUCAAACAUGGGGUCCUCCUGCCUCGGCCUUUCAGAGUGCUGGGCUCAUAGGUGUGCGUCACCAUGCCUGGCUCCAAGGAACCCUGAAGACAGCUGCACUCAGUCCAGAGCCCUUGAGUUGCGUCACCCGCCUGCGCUGCGCCAUAGUACAGAUGCUGUCAUCCGAGUCGCAGGGCUUGUGUUCGCACGCUACGGUCCUGUCUGGCGACAGCAGAGGAAGUUCUCGCAUGCCACUCUCCGUCACUUUGGCUUGGGCAAGCUGAGCCUGGAGCCCAGGAUCAUCGAGGAGUUCCGGUUCGUGCAGCAGGAGAUGCAGCGGCACGGUGACGCCCCCUUCAGCCCGGCCCCCAUCAUCAGCAACGCGGUCUCCAACGUCAUCUGCUCCUUGUGCUUCGGCCAGCGCUUCGAUUAUGCGGACAGGGGGUUUAAGCAGCUGCUGGCCCUCAUGUCCCGGGGCCUGGAAAUCUGUCUCAGCAGCCAGGUCCUCCUGGUCAAUGUGUGCCCCUGGCUGUACUACCUGCCGUUCGGGCCGUUUAAGGAGUUACGACGGAUCCAGAAGGACAUAACUGCCUUCCUGAAGCAAAUCAUCCAGGAGCACCGGGCCGCCCUGGACGCCGGGAGCCCCCAGGACUUCAUCGACAUGUACCUGCUGCACGCGGAGGGGGAGCGCGGCCGCCACGGCGGCAGCAGCUUCAGCGAGGAUUACCUGUUCUACAUCAUCGGGGACCUGUUCAUCGCCGGCACCGACACCACCACCAACUCCCUGCUGUGGUGCCUGCUGUACCUGGCGCUGCACCCCGAUGUCCAAGAAAAGGUGCAUGGAGAAAUCGAGAGGGUCAUUGGCCCCAGCCGAGCACCAUCCCUCACCGACAAGGCCCGGAUGCCCUACACGGAGGCCGCCAUCAUGGAGGUGCAGAGGCUGACGGCGGUGGUACCCCUGGCCAUCCCACACAUGACCUCGGAGAAGACAGUUCUCCAAGGAUUCACCAUCCCGAAGGGCACGGUGGUCCUGCCCAACCUGUGGGCGGUGCACAGAGACCCGGCCGUUUGGGAGAAACCGGACGAGUUCCACCCGAAUCGAUUUCUGGAUGACCAAGGACAACUUUUAAAAACAGAAGCCUUUAUUCCUUUUGGGAUAGGAAAGCGGGUGUGCAUGGGCGAGCAGCUGGCCAAGAUGGAGCUGUUCCUGAUGCUCGUGAGCUUGCUGCAGAGCUUCACCUUCUCGCUGCCCGAGGACGCCGCGGAGCCCGUCCUCACCGGGAGAUUCGGCCUCACUUUAGCCCCUCAUCCAUUCAACGUCGUCGUCUCUAAGAGAUGAGAGAUGACACCAACCUGCGUCCCGUGGAGACCUCCUGCUCCUGACCGCGGGCCUGGCACCAGGAAGAGGCCGGCAGAGCUCGUGGUGUUCUCGCCUGAAGCCGGACGCCGGGCUGUGUGCUUCCCCGGCACUGUGCCGUGGCUCCCACCCUUGAGCCGUCGUCCUCCCACAGUAAGGUGAGACUCGAACUCGCUUCUGUCUGCGCUCAGCAGAGGCAGGCUGACCAAGACGUCCUUCCGUGCUGGAGACGCCCUCCUGCUAGCUCCUGAAGACCCCUGACGACAUCUGUCUUCCGCUGUCUGAGGGCUGAGGUGACACUGAGGUAGAUCUGGUUUCCUAAAGCACAGGUGCUGUGUCCCUGCUGUAACCAUCCUUCAUUUGUGACUUCAGUUUUCAGUUUCUGUAGAUAGAAUUAAAUGGGCCAUUGUCCUGUACGCUGAGGAGAGAAAGCAGUCGGAGUUCCCAAGUUCCCGCGCAGGGCUGCUGCGCUCUCCUUCGGGGGCCCUGAGUGGUGGGCGGGACCGUGAUGCUGGCCUUGACCAGGAGGGCUUUCCCUGGCCCCGUGAUCGAGUGCUCUGCGGACAAACUCUCGGCUGGGAGCCCUGCCCGUGGGCAUCCGGAAAUGGUGCUCUCUGGCCAGGCUGGCAGAAGGGAGGCUGUGCCGUGGAGCCUGCCGGACCCCUUCUGAGGCUCCUGCUGCCCCGCGCAGGGAGGAUGCUGGCGCAGUGGGGCAGCUGUACUGACUUCUCUGUUCCCCAUACUGUGUGACUGUCACUCUUAGGGGCCAGCUGGGGCAGAGUGCGGAGGCUUGGGUGACAAAUGCCGUCUCUGGGUCAGACCUCUGGACUGGACUGUGCUCCCUGCUGUCACUUGGUCCCAGCGAGCCCGACAGCCGUCCUCUUCCCAGUGGGCUCCUUGUAGCAGAGGGAGUGCCAGCGGUCACAGCACCUGCUUUCCCUGGCAGGGAAGAGCACUUAAGGGAAAGUUCCACUCCAUUUCUUUUCCAUUUUUUGUUUUUGGAAGACAAGGUCUCACUAUGUAGUUCAGACUAGCCUUGAACUUGCUAUGUAGCCCAGGUUCAACUGAAUGGUGAUCCUCCUGCCUCAGCCUCCUGAAUGCUGAUAUUACUGAUAUGCACCUCCAUCCAUUUCAGUAUGACCUACAGGUGGCAUUUUUGUUGCUUAAGGGGUGUGUGUGUGUGUGUGUGUGUGUGUGUGUUUGUUAAAUACCAGGGAUCAAACUCAGGAUCUUACCUUGUACUUGCAAGGCAGAUGCUGGAACCACUGAGCUAAAUCCUCACCACUUAAUCAGUAUGUAUUAUUUGUUAUUGUCGGUUUAGACCACAUUUUUUAAAAAUGGCUAGACUUCUGUGCAUCGUUUGUAACAACCAUUUUAAACCCUGACCAAUGCCUUAGCUGAGAAGCGUCUCACAGGGUGAAGGGUCCUGUGCUUGUUCUUUCCUGUGGUGGAAGUGGCCCCUGUGCUCCUGAUAGAGAACAGGGAAGAAAAGAUUCAGAGAAGUCCUUGGAGAAUGGAAUGGAAAGCAAAGCGGGAAGCUGAACUGGGGCAGCUGGGCUGGGAAGGCCUCCUGCGCCCAUCCCUCUCUCUAGCCGUGUCCGGGUCGGCACAGACCCGAUCUUCUGAGCUCCCCGUCACCGGGCAGCUGGGGUCUGGGCGUCCUCAGGACCACUCUGGGGGUGAGGGUAGGGUGAGCCUUUGCCGAGCACAUUCCUGGGCAGACUCCUGCCUGCUCAUGGAGGAGAAGUAGCCUACGCUGAGCGGAAACCCAGGAAGAGGCGUUGCUUGGUCUUUGAGGCUGGUUCUCAGCGUCUUUUCCCGCACCAGGUUUCCCCCUUAGGACUGUCACUAAGCACUUCAGAUACAGAAUCACGAAACACAGCCUAAUCUUGGUCUUUUAGUGCCUUGAGGGUUUUUUUGUUAAGAAAGGCUAAUCAACUAAAUGCAGAGAAAGUGAGCAAUAUGGAGGGCAGACAGGGAUUCAAGUGGGUGGCGCCCUGCCAGCGGGGUAGAGUCCGGCAGGAGUUCAUGUGCUUUUGAAUUGCACUAAUCACUCAGCAUUAACAGGUUUCUUACUCCUUAAUUUAUACAUGGAUUUUCAGUAUUUCUGACCAAAGAGUUUGUAGCUUAAUUGAAAAGAAAAAAAGAACUGCUUUGAGACUGUCAGAAUCAGUUUAUUAAACUUUUAAAUACAGUGCCUCAAAACUGCAGCAUUUUUAAAAAGACCUUUAUGUGGCACACUGCUGAAAGGACUCUUGAUGCUUUCCUUGAACGUACUGACGUUUCACUAUUUUCGCACUUCAUGGUUUAUCAGAACUAUACAAAUGACUGUAGUGUGUUUUAUAAGUCUGCCCAACACUUCACUUUUAGCCCUCAUCUUUACCAGUUUUUGAUGCCUUUAGAAAACCUUGUAUUUUAAAGGAGAUAGUGUCAUAUCUGGUUUUUUGAUUUAACUGCUAAACAAAAUUUUCAUUUUUACCAAGUAUCAAGAAAACAAGAAGAAACAAAGCAGCAGUCCUCCAGAGAGAGAGAGAGGAGGCCACAAUAUGGUCUGGGUGCAGUCAUGAGAUGAGAGCGCUGUUCUAAAAUAUGCCACACAGCUAAUGUCACAAGGCACAGAGGUGGGGUGUGCCUUCCCACAGCCCAGCCCUAUUCAGAGAAGCACAAGCCUCCCGCCCUGUGACAUGGCACUGAGGACUUGUCCCUGAGGCCCUGCAGGGACCCCACAGCUACCAUCAUAACCAGCAGGGGAGUUGGAAAGCUUCUCCUCAGGGCUAAGGGCAAGGACGCCCACCCUCACCAUCUGUUAACAGAUACUGCAAGCCCAGCCAC